AUGCCGACUCUUCGCCUUGGUAGCACCGCGCCCGACUUUGAGGCCGAGACGACUGGCGGAAAGAUCAAGUUCCACGAGUGGAUCGGCGACUCUUGGGCCAUUCUUUUCUCCCACCCCGACGACUUCACGCCGGUUUGCACGACCGAGCUCGCCGAGGUCUCGCGCCGCCAGCCCGACUUCGCCAAGCGCGGCGUCAAGGUCAUCGGCUUGUCCGCUAACAGCCUCGACUCGCACAAUGAGUGGGUGAAGGACAUCAAUGAGUGGGGCAAGACCGACGUUCAGUUCCCGAUUAUCGCGGACGCUGACCGCAAGAUCGCGACGCUCUACGACAUGCUUGACUACCAGGACUCGACGAAUGUUGACAAGAAGGGGCUCCCUCUCACCGUCCGCACUGUCUUCGUCAUCGACCCCAAGAAGGUGAUCCGCCUCACGCUCACCUAUCCGGCCGCCACCGGCCGCAACUUCGACGAGAUCCUUCGUGCUGUUGACUCGCUUCAGUUGACCGACAAGCACAAGGUCACCACGCCCGUCAACUGGAAGCCCGGAGAGGAUGUCGUCAUCCAUGCCGCGGUCUCGCAGGACGACGCGAAGAAGCUCUUCCCCGAGCACGAGGUGUUCCGCCCCUACCUUCGUACCACCAAGGCUCCUGCAUAA